UUGGAUUGGAAACCGUUUUACUUACAAUACAAGAUCUCUCUUUCGGACAUCUAGGCGAUUUUGUAGGGAAAUAACGGAGAUUCCGCAAUCACUUAUAAAUACGCGUACGUGUGGGUAACAUUUUCUCUCUUUUCGAAACGCCGUAAGCCUCUCAAUUUUCUGCAUUUUACGCGCAUUCUAUUUCUCCUACAACGAAACCCUUGUUUUCUCUCUUUCUGCAAUAUAUCAACCGAAUAAUGGACUGCGAUUCCAUUCACUGAGUUGAACCGGAGAAAGAUCUAAGUUUUUGUGAUCAAUUCAACGCGCUUAUGGGUGGUUCUGGUUCUAAACUCGAGAAGGCUCUCGGUGAUAAUUUCCCUGAAGGAGAACAUUACUUUGGCCUUGAGAAUUUCGGCAAUACUUGUUAUUGCAACAGCGUUUUGCAGGCUCUAUACUUCUGUGUUCCGUUUCGAGAACAAUUGCUACAGUAUUAUGGAAAAAACAAAAACAUAACAGACGCGGAGGAAAAUCUUUUGACUUGCUUAGCUGAACUAUUUUCACAGAUAAGUUCCCAGAAGAGGAAGACAGGUGUGAUUGCUCCCAAACGAUUUGUACAGAGGUUGAAAAAACAGAAUGAACUCUUCCGUAGCUAUAUGCACCAGGACGCCCAUGAGUUCUUGAACUAUUUGUUAAAUGAACUUGUUGACAUUCUGGAGAGAGAGGCCCAUGCUGAAAAAGAUGAUCAAGGUACAUUACUACCUUCUGAGAAGAUUGCAAAUGGACCAAAGAGUGGUUUAGCUAAUGGUGCUAAAAAAGCACCUUUAGCUACUUGGGUGCACAAAAACUUUCAGGGAAUACUUACCAAUGAGACAAGGUGCUUGCAAUGUGAAACAGUUACGGCUAGGGAUGAAACAUUUUUCGACUUGAGUCUUGAUAUUGAACAAAAUAGUUCAAUUACAAGUUGUUUGAAAAAUUUCAGUUCAACUGAGACAUUGAAUGCGGAAGACAAAUUUUUCUGUGACAAGUGCUGCAGUUUGCAAGAAGCUCAGAAGAGGAUGAAGAUAAAGAGACCCCCACGUGUCUUGGUCAUUCAUCUUAAGCGGUUUAAGUACAUGGAACAGCUGGGCCGCUACAAGAAGUUGUCUUACCGUGUGGUCUUUCCCCUUGAACUCAGGUUGAGUGAUACAGAUGAAGAAGCAGAUAUUGAGUAUUCUCUAUUUGCAGUAGUUGUACAUGUUGGGAGUGGGCCCAACCACGGGCAUUAUGUCUGUCUUGUAAAAAACCAUAACCACUGGUUAUGUUUUGACGAUGAAACUGUCGAGGUGGUUGAUGAAGCUUCAGUGCAGACAUUCUUUGGGUCAACACAGGACUUCAACAAUAAUACAGACCAUGGUUACAUUUUGUUCUAUGAGAGCAUUAACAGAAACUAGACAGUGGAGAGGCUGACAACUUUUAGGUACUUGAAUCUUUUGGACUAGUCUUUUUAUCGGUUUGACGAUAGAUAAUUUUCUUAUGACCAUUUUCCCUAUUCAAGCUGCUUGAGGUGUUAUACCUCCUGGAGAGGAUACGGUUGUGAAAAUGUAUACUAGGUGGUUGGCAUGUACAGUUGAUAGUGAAAGCACUGCAACUUUUUUCUUUCUUUAUUUUCUUUUUUAAAACUUUUCGCUAACAUAUACGACAGUAUACAUGCUGAGAAAUUUUCACCGACAAUGUGUUCAUGGUGUUAACUGCCCAAUGUUCAAUUGGUUAGAAACACAAUGCAAUGGUAUCAUGGUAAUUCUUUUUCUA